AUGAGUGCAGAUCCGAAUGGCGCUCGCUGGUCAAACUCCGAGAGGAACUUCGGCAAGGCGCUCCUGAAGAAGUCGGGGUGGACAGAGGGCACCGGCCUCGGCAAGGAGCAGGAUGGCGUCGUCCAUCACAUCAAGGUGACCCGCAAGGAUGGUGUGAUGGGGCUCGGCUAUCAGGCUGGGGUGCAGGAGACGUGGACAACGCAGUCACUUGGCUUCGCCGACGUCCUCACACGCAUCAAGGCGUCCACUACCGCCGCCGCCAGCGACUCAGACGACGACGGUGAGGCGUCGCCAUCGUCCUCGCCGACGAACAACGGGGGUGCAAAGAGGAUCGGCAUGAGCCGCCACUACAAGAUGUACGCGAGGCGCAACGCCCUGAAGACGGAGCUCAUCCACGGCGGCGACAGCGCCGAAACGGAGGCGAAGCGGCUGGAGAUUCUCGGCAGCGCGGCGAUGAAGCGUCGGCGCGACGCGGACAGCGACGAUGAUAAUGGCAGUGCGGGUCAGAGGUGCAGCCAGCACGAGUCCUCCGCCUCCACACUCAAAUCACCACUGCUUCUUCGGCUUAUGGCGCGCAGCUCCAUGGACGAGCCGAAGCCGACGUCGAGCGACACGACGCCGGCGCAGCUCAUCACCAUAACGAAGCCGAAUCCGCGGCCACCAAAAUGCACGGAUACGCCGUUCCUUGCCUAG